UCUUAAUUUAGUGAUAAAUUAUAAAUCAAAAUUAAAAAGUUUUGGGUUUUGUGGGGGAUUGCAAUUAAUUAGUAUCAAACUAGCAAUGGCAGCAGAAAAUUUAAUUGUGGUUUUUGAUUUUGAUAAGACAAUCAUAGAUUGCGACAGCGAUAAUUGGGUUGUGGAUGAGUUGGGUGCUACCGAUUUGUUCAAUCAGCUCCUCCCUACCAUGCCUUGGAACUCUCUCAUGGAUAUGAUGAUGAAGGAGCUUCAUUCACAAGGUACAACCAUUGAAGACAUUGUUGAUGUUCUAAAACGAACUCCAAUGCAUCCCCAGAUUGUUCCAGCUAUUCAAUCCGCACAUUCUUUUGGGUGUGAUUUGAAGAUAGUGAGUGAUGCCAAUCUUUUCUUCAUCGAGACAAUUUUGGAGCAUCUUGGCAUAAAGCAUUGUUUCUCAGAGAUCCAUACCAACCCAAGUUUUGUAGAUGAAGAAGGAAGGCUAAGGAUUUUACCACACCAUGAUUUCCAUACCUCUUCUCAUGGUUGCCCUCUCUGCCCUCCAAACAUGUGCAAGGGUAUGGUGAUGGAAAAGAUGCAAACCUCCAUAGGUGAAGAGGGAAAGAAAAAGAUGAUCUAUAUAGGAGAUGGAAGUGGGGAUUUUUGCCCAAGCUUGAAGCUCAAAGAAGAAGACUAUUUGAUGCCAAGGAAGGAAUUUCCACUUUGGGAAUUGAUUCGCAAAAAUCCGAGGGCUAUUAAGGGAGAGAUUCGGGAAUGGAAGGAUGGUGAAGAGCUCCAAAAUAUUUUGGUCCAAAUUAUUGACAAAAUAAUAAGCAGGGAUCAACAACAAAACAGUACUACAAAUGACUGCAAAUUGAAAAGCAUAAAUAAUCCCCUUGUGGUUGCAGUUGCAGGCCAUGAUCAAUUCAGGCCCUCUUCCCGGUUACGCAUUAGUAGCUAAAUUUUCUUCCUCUUUUUUUUAUUAUCACCUAGGCAUAUAUGAUAUACUUUGUGAUCUUAUUGUUUUGUUGCUUCUUUUUGGUAAUAAGAAAAUAAUUUUGAUAAUGAAAGUACAUGAAUUAAAAUCCCUCAAUACGUUGGCUUUCAAAAA